AUGGGCUCAUGUCAGAGCCAAGAGGCUCAAGAGCAAAUGGCUCGUAAUAAGGCGAUUGAAAAACAGUUAAAUCAAGACAAACGUGCCGGAUCAUCAAUUGUAAAAUUACUUCUUCUUGGUGCUGGUGAAUGUGGUAAAUCAACAGUAUUGAAACAGAUGCAACUGUCAGUCUCAAUGACGAAUACUGAUUUCAGAAUCUUACACAGUAAUGGUUUCACAGAAGAUGAAAUCAACGAACGUAAGGCGGUCGUUUACAACAAUACGGUCACCUCAAUAGUGGCCAUCCUACGAGCUAUGGACAACGUUCUGAAUAUUCCGCUCGAUGAUCCUGAAAAGGAAGUACGAGCACUUUGCACAAUUGCACAAACGCUUUAUUGCCUGUUU